CGAGUGGUGGGAAGCUUCAAAAUUCGCGUCCAUCCAUCCUGUCACUAAAAAUUUUUAUCAACAGGACAAAAUUUUUAAUUUAAAAAUUUAAAAAAAUAAAAUAACACUUUAAUUUAAUUACAAAUUAAUGGCACAACGUUUUCCGAGCAGUGGCGGUGUCGCCAUUCAAGGCGGACCGCCGGUCCAACAAGCAGGAAUUGGACCGCAACAAGGACCCCGAUUUCCGGGCGGGUCGCCGAAUCCACAAAUGCGACCUUAUCCACCUCAACCGGGUUAUGGGCCCGGCCCAGGAGGUUAUCAGCAAGGUCCUCCUCGUCAAAUGAUGAUGCCUCCCCGACCUCCAGGUCAACCACCGGGGGGAUUUGGAGGUUCAGGCGGAGGAGGAAUGCAACAACGUCCCAUGACACCACAGUCAGGCCCCAAACGGCCACCCGUCGACCCUCGAGCAGUCCAGCAGAAACAGGAACCACCUCCAAAAAAGAAGAAGAAACAAGCUGACAAAGUCCUUCCUCAGAAGGUUCGCGAUUUGGUUCCCGAGUCUCAAGCUUACAUGGAUCUGCUCGCCUUUGAGCGCAAGUUGGACGCCACCAUUAUGCGGAAGCGACUCGAUAUUCAGGAAGCGCUCAAACGACCGAUGAAAUUGAAGCGCAAGUUGAGAAUUUUCAUCUCCAAUACGUUCUAUCCUCCGAAAGAGCCCACCGAGACGGAGGAGGGGGCGACAUCCUCGUGGGAGUUGAGGGUUGAAGGACGACUCCUCGAAGAUAACAAGUCCGACCCGAAUAAGAUCAAACGGAAGUUUUCAUCCUUCUUUAAAUCUCUGGUGAUUGAGCUGGACAAGGAUUUGUACGGACCGGACAACCAUUUGGUAGAGUGGCACAGAACACCGACGACCCAGGAAACUGAUGGAUUUCAGGUCAAGCGACCUGGCGAUAAGAAUGUUCGCUGCACAAUCCUCCUCCUCCUGGAUUACCAACCCCUUCAGUUCAAGCUUGACCCUCGUUUGGCCCGGCUCCUCGGAGUCCAUACACAAACUCGCCCCGUCAUCAUUGCUGCUUUAUGGCAGUACAUAAAGACCCAUCGGUUGCAGGACGCACAUGAACGAGAAUUCAUAAACUGCGACAAAUAUCUCGAGCAAAUAUUUGGCAUUCAGAGGAUGAAGUUUGCCGAAAUUCCGCAAAGGUUGAACCCACUCCUCCAUCCACCAGACCCGAUCGUUAUCAACCAUAUUAUCAGUGUGGAAGGCACCGAACAAAAGAAGACGGCCUGCUACGAUAUCGAGGUUGAAGUCGACGACACGUUGAAAACCCAGAUGAAUAAUUUUCUCUUAUCGACCGGAAGUCAACAGGAAAUUCAGAGCCUCGACUCUAAGAUUCAUGAAACUGUCGAGACCAUCAACCAAUUGAAGACGAACCGAGAAUUCUUUCUCAGUUUUGCGUUCGAUCCACAGCAAUUUAUCACGCGUUGGUUGGCUUCACAAACGAGGGAUUUGAAGACGAUGACAGAUGUUGUCGGAAAUCCGGAGGAAGAACGACGCGCCGAAUUUUACAACCAACCCUGGAUCUCGGAAGCAAUUUGUCGCUACUUCUAUUCAAAAUUACAGCAAAAGAGGGCCGAGUUAGAGCAAGCCUUGGGAAUUAGAAGUUCAUAACUUUUCUACAUUUUUUUAAUCCCAACCAAAAAAAACUUAUUCUUUUGUAAAUAUGUUUCGGUGUUAUUACAUACAAGCUAAAUGAUCAUAAGAAAUAAAUAUUGGUCUAAAUAAAUAUGAAUUUCUUGGAAUUUUA